AGGAGCUGCUGAAAUGGGUUGUGGAUUGAACAAACUAGAGAAGCAUGAUGAAAAACGACCUGGUAAUAUCUAUUCAACUUUGAAGAGGCCUCAGGUAGAAACCAAGAUAGAUGUUUGCUAUGAAUAUCGAUUUAUGGACUUCACAACACUAAAUGAUACUGAGCUGCCAGGAUCGUCUGCAAUCAAGCUCUCCUCCUUGCAUGAUCUUCCAGCUCAGCUGCAAGAAUUGUACCAGCAGGGCUUCAUCUUGGCUGCUGUCCACCCUUUCGUGCAACCAACUGAUGAAAAAGAGAAAACUCCCCAGGAACAAAUCUUCAGGGCUGUGCUUAUCAAGAAAACAGAAAGGUCUCCAAAAGGUGACAUCCAUAGUGAAGGAUAUGUCUUGGAGGUAGAGUGCUGCUCCUCUUUAAACCAACUUUCAGACAAAAAGGACAUACCUGAUUUUAUUAAGAAAAUUCAAGAUGCUGCAAGUCAAGGCUUGAAAUUUGUUGGAAUUAUACCUCAGUACCAUUCCCAAAAGAACUGUCUUGUCAGCGCCUCCCUGACACCCGCCAGUAACAACUCUGUGCAAUCAAGAGAUAAUAAAAAUGUUUCAAAUUACCCCGAGGAUCAUGCUUCAACGGAUGGCGAGAAAAUAGAUGGCAUUAAUGGAUGCAAUACUCCAGCAGUCAGUGAGGAGAGUGCUGACCAGCGUGCCACAUCCAGGGAGGGCUGGAGAGGUGAAGGACAGGCUACUGAAGAGUCUGCGAAGGGAAGUGAAGAGCAGUUUCAGCAUGCGAACCCAAGUGUAACAGAAGCAGCAGACAAGCCGAAUGGACUUGGGGAGAAUGAAACACCAGCACGAUGCUUAAAACCACUUACUGGCAAAGCAGAGAUCUUCGCUCUCUUCAACAAGCCAAAAACCCCACAAAGAUGCAGCCAGUAUUUUACAGUGACUAUCCCUAUGAGGAUCUCCAGGAAUGGGCAGACUGUCAACAGCUUAGAAGCAAACUGGCUGGAGCACAUGACAGAUCACUUCAGGAGAGGAGGCUCUUUGGUAAAUGCCAUCUUCAGCCUUGGAAUGGUGAAUGAUUCUUUACAUGGGACAAUGGAUGGAGUAUUUCUCUUUGAAGAUGUUGCUGUGGAAGACAGUAAAACCAUGCAGGGCUAUGACGCAAUUGUUGUAGAGCAGUGGACUGUCCUGAAGGGAGUUGAAGUGCAGACAGAUUAUGUUCCGCUGCUGAAUUCCCUUGCCAUGUACGGCUGGCAGCUGACGUGUGUGCUUCCCACUCCGAUAGUGAAGACAAACAGGGAGGGGAAUUUAUCUACAAAGCAAAUUGUAUUUCUUCAGAGACCUUCUUUGCCCCAGAAAGCAAAGAAGAAAGAAUCUAAGUUCCACUGGAGGUUCUCCAAAGAGGACAUGCGCAACAAACAAAUGAAGAAAUCCACAAAGGCUAAAUUAAGCACUAGGGAGAAGCAAACGGCAGAGGAGAAGCAGGAAUUUGAAGUCACAGAGAACACAAGAAACUUAGAAGCACAAAUCUCAGCAGAAGCCAAGCCUGAUCCAGAACAGCAGCUGGAUGAUGUCAUAGACUUGGGAGAUGAGGUAGGUGGGACCAACAGCAGAGGUACCCAUCAUGACGGGGUGUCAGAAGAAACAUGUCCUGCCAGUUGUGAUACUGAUGACAAUGACGCACAGGUCUGCCUCAGCCAGAGUACGUCUGGGUGCUGUGCAGAUCAGGUAACACAGUGGGGAGACGGUGCUCCGAUAUCGGACGGCUGCAAUGGCAGCGACGGGGCCGGGCUGACCAUGGACUGCUCCUGUGAAUAA